AUGGCAAGACACGGACAACCGUCGCCUGCUCGAAAGCAGCGCAAGCACAGGUUCCGUCCAGGGACCCGAGCGCUAAUGGAAAUUCGCCGAUACCAGAAAUCCACCGACCUUCUCCUCCGCAAGCUUCCGUUCGCCAGGCUGGUCAAGGAGUUGACAAUGCACUACAACAACACUGGGUUGCGGUGGCAGGCAGACGCGCUGCUAGCUAUGCAGGAGGCAGCAGAAGAUUACCUCGUCCGUCUCUUCGAGGACGCGAACCUUUGUGCUAUUCACGCACGCCGUGUGACGCUCAUGGUGAAAGACAUUCAGCUGACUCGCCGCAUUCGCGGGCUGUCAGAAGCGACACGAUAG